UUUUUUUUUUUUGUCAUUUAUAGUAGUCAUGGCAUUUUCUUCAGCACUUGUAUUAACCGAUCUAAAUGAUUAUAUUGCUCCCUCACAAGCUUGUAUUAAACCUGUUGAAGUGAAUAAAUCAGAAAACAAAGGACCAACCGAGAUCAAAGUUGAUAAUGAAGGCACUUAUUAUGAAAUUACUCAAGACGGUGGAGAAGAAAAACUUGAAAAGGCUACUAUCUCUCUUAAUGACUGUUUAGCUUGUAGCGGAUGUAUAACUUCUGCUGAAAGUGUAUUGAUUUCUAUGCAAUCACAAGAUGAAUUAUUUAAAAUAUUAGAACAAAACAAACUUGCUAUUCAACAAAAUCAGCCUCAAAACCAUCGUACAAUUGUUAUUUCUAUUAGUCCUCAAUCAAGAGCAUCCUUCGCUGCUAAAUAUGGAUUAACAACUCUCCAAGUCCACCAUAAGCUUGUAUAUUUUUUUAAAACCAUUUUAGGUGCACAUCAUGUCUUUGAUAUUGCAUUUACUCAAGACUUGUCUCUGGUUGAAACAGCUCGAGAAUUUAUGGAUCGAUUUAAGAAAUAUAUGCAGAAUGGAGGUGAAGCUUUAGAAGCAGCAAUGCAACAAGCAGAUGCAGAAAAGGCAGCAAUGGAGGAGGAGGGUAAACCCAAGGUUCGUACAAGAAGACGAGGCGCCAAAUCUGAUAAAGCAGGUGUCAAUGCUAUUACUAAUCAAAAUAUACCAAUGCUUGCAUCUUCAUGCCCUGGCUGGGUUUGCUAUGCUGAGAAAACACAUGAUGAGGUUUUACCUUUUAUCUCAGCUGCUAAAUCACCACAACAAAUGAUGGGAUCACUUGUUAAAGACUAUUUUGCUAAAAAAUUAAACCUAACCCCAGAUCAAAUAUAUCAUAUAUCUAUUAUGCCUUGUUACGAUAAAAAAUUAGAAGCAAGUCGACCUGAUUUCUUUUUGGAACAAUACAAUACUAGAGAAGUAGAUUGUGUUUUAACAACUAGCGAAAUCGAUAAAAUGCUUCAAGAACGGCAAUUAGACCUUAGACAAAUGCCAGAGAGUCCUAUAGAUGAUAUGUUUAAUAAAAUUGGUAUAGACCCCUCCAGUCAGUUAGAAACAGUGUAUGGUGUACCUGGUUCAUCGUCCGGUGGUGCUCUAGAAUAUAUUUUCACUACAGCUGCUCGUGAACUAUUUAAUAUUCAUGAUGUGCCUAAUGAUCCUUCUAAUACAUCUUCGGCUCAUGUCGUUAUUAAAGCUGGUAAAAACAUGGAUGUAAAGGAAUAUUUCUUAAUCUCUGACGAUGGUCGAAUUUUGUUAAGAUUUGCAGCUGCAUAUGGUUUUCGAAAUAUUCAAAAUAUUGUACGUAAAAUUAAAAGUGGUAAAUGUAAUUAUCAUUAUGUUGAAGUUAUGGCAUGUCCUGGUGGAUGUGCUAAUGGUGGUGGUCAAUUACCACCCAGUACUGAAUCAGGACAAGUUGUAAAUGCCAAGGACUGGGUAAGUCGUGUUGAAAAUCUCUAUAGAACUUCACAAGGUAUAAUGCCAGAAGAUAAUGAAAUUAUAAAAACGAUAUACAACGAAUGGAUUGUUGAUCCGACUUCUGACAGAGCACACCAACUUCUUCGCACUCAGUAUCAUGCUGUCACUCAAAAUCUUGCCAAUCCACUUGUAACAAAGUGGUAAAAAAAUAUGAUGAUGACUAUUCUUUUUUUUUAAUUAUUAUUUUGUACAUACAUAUAACAUACAUAGACGGCUAAUAAAGUGAAAAAAAAAA